AUGGCGUGUUCUCAAUUUUGGGAAUACAAGGAUGCAUCGUCUUUAUCUCACUCCAACUUAUCUCCCGGUUUGUUUGUUCCUUCAUUUUCCCAUUGGAUGCCUCCAACUGAUGGGGUGGUUAAAUGUAAUGUGGAUGAGCCUUUUUUCUCUUCAUCUCACGUUGGGGGUGGUGGUGCGGUCUUUCAAGAUUCUAGGGGAACUAUUUUGCAGACAGUGGUGUUUUCUCCCUUCUCUGCUACUACUGCAACCGUUGCUGAGGCCAUUUGCGUUCGCAAAGCAGUUCUUUGGGCUAUUUCUUCUUCAUUUGCACGGGUUUGGUUUGAAUGUGAUUCUAUGAUUGUGAUUCAGGCUGUAUCGGGUGUUGCUCCUGGACCACUUGAAAUUCAUCUUGUUGUCUUUGAUGUUCAAGUGACACUUCGGAGAUUUAACUUUUAUCGCAUUAGCCAUGUCUAUAGAACUGAUGGAGAGAUGAUGAGCAACAGUUACAGAAGCCCAGCUAGGGUUUAUCUUUGUUCAUUCCUAUUUAUUUCUCAAAUUCUUGUUCUGUUUUCUCAAGCAGCCAACAAUAUCCCACAAGGCCAAUUGGUGAGAGAUGGAGAAACAAUUCUCUCUUCAGGUGAAAACUUUGUAUUGGGUUUUUUUAGUCCUGAAAAUUCAACAUCUAGAUAUGUUGGGAUAUGGUACAAGAAGGUUUCUGAGCAAACAGUCAUAUGGGUUGCCAAUAGAGAGAGUCCAAUCUCUGGUAAAAAUGGAACCCUAACAGUUGGGAAUGAUGGAAAUCUACUGAUUGCAGAUGGAAAUGGCAAAUCAGUCUGGUCAACUAAUGCUUCAAUUUCAGGAAAUUCAACUGCAGUUCUUCAGGAAAGUGCUGAUCUUGUUCUCAACAAUGAUACCAAUCACGUUUUAUGGCAAAGUUUUGCUCAUCCAACAGAUACAUUUUUAACUACCAUGAAGGCAUAUGCAAAUGACCAAAUUGGCGAAAUUCGCAGCUUCACUUCCUGGAAAAGCCCUAACGAUCCUUCGCCUGGAAAUUAUUCAAUGGGUAUUGAUCCUCGCGGAUCGCCACAGAUAGUGGUGUGGGAGCAGAACAAGAGGAGGUGGAGGAGUGGGCACUGGGAUGGCCAAUUUUUUAUGGGUGCUCCUAGAAUAAAAGCUCUCUAUUCCUAUGGUUUCAAGCUUAACAAUGAUGCAGAUGGUGAGUACUUCACUUACACAACAAUGAACACUACUCAAAUUGUGAGGUUUAUGAUUACAUGGGAUGGAUUUGGAGAGCAUCUAUUUUGGGAGGAAUCAAACAAGAAUUGGACAGUACUUCAUAAAGAGCCUUCAGUGCAAUGUGAUGAAUAUAACAAGUGUGGGAAUUUUGGUUUGUGUACUGUGGGAGAUUCUCAAUUUUGCACUUGUAUUGAAGGGUUUGAAGCACAUAACACAAGUCAAUGGAAUAAUGGAAAUUGGUCUGGUGGGUGUGUUAGGAGGACCCCUUUGCAGUGUGAUAAUAGUACUAGCAGUGAUGGGUUUUUGGCAGUUGAGGGGUUGAAGUUUCCGGAUUAUGCUGAUACCGUGACGGUGAAAAACAUAAGCGAGUGUCAGACCAAGUGUUUGACGAAUUGUUCUUGCAUUGCAUAUGCAUAUCUAGAAGGGAUUGAUUGCAUGAUUUGGGGUGGUGAUCUACUAGAUGUUGAGCGAUUAGAAGAAGGUGGGGGAACAUUAUAUGUUCGUGUUGCUGAGUCUGAAUUAGGUAAGAUGAUUAUCAUUGCUGUUGUUUUUGGUCUUAAUUUUGAGGAUAGGAUACAAGCAAGGAAAUCAGGAUAG